AUGUCUGUUUGGACUAGAGAUCUUCCAAGCUCCUUCUCUGAUGCCACUGUUGGCUGGAUUGAAAGAGCCAAGAGAGAAUAUAUCCUCACCAAAAAUGAUCAACAAAUCAAUGAAAAUGAAGAUAUCGAUGAUGAAUCGCCAAUAGAGUUGACCACCAGUUUACAAACUACCAAAUGGGAUCAAAUCAAAACCAUUCUUUUCGCUGGUAGUGGUUUGUUCUCCGAUGGUUAUGUGAAUAACUCUAUCGGUACCGCUUCUACUUGUUUAUCUACCCUUUAUCCAAAAGAAUACGCCGACUCUCGUGCAAUCAAUAAUGUCGCUUCAAUUGCUUUCGUCGGUACAGUGGUCGGUCAAUUGACAUUUGGUUACGUCUCCGACAAGCUUUCUAGAAAGACCGGUAUGAUCAUUUCCAACGUCAUCUUAAUUAUCUUUACCAUUUUGUGUUCUGGUGCUUGGGGUUACCACGGCAGUAUUAAAGGGAUGCUCGCAGCCCUUACUGCCUAUCGUUUCUUCCUCGGUAUCGGGAUUGGUAGUGAGUAUCCUACCGGUUCUGUUGCCUGUGCUGAAGCUUCUGCCUUGAUGCCUCCAAAACACAGAAAUAGAUACUUUAUUUGGUUUACCAAUUUUGCCAUCGAUUCAGGUUUUGUUAUUAGUUCUUUUGUUCCAAUGGUUCUUUUGUGGAUCUGCACUCCUAAACAUCUCACCCCAGUCUGGAGAAUCACCAUUGGUAUUGGUGCCAUCUGGCCUAUGAUUUUGCUUUGCUUCCGUACUACUUUGAAAGAAAAUGAAAACUACCAAAAAACUAGAUUCAAGAAAGCCAGAAUCCCUUACUUCCACAUUAUCAAAUUCUAUUGGUUCAGAUUAUUUGUUGUUUCAGCAAUUUGGUUCAUCUAUGAUUUCAGUGUCUAUGCUUUCGGUAUUUACAGUUCUUACAUCAUUAAACUUAUCAUCCCAGACGGUGACUUGUACAAGACCUUUGGAUGGAAUGUUGUUCUUAACUUGUUUUACAUCCCAGGUUCCUUCGUUGGUGCCAUUGCUUCCGAUUACUUCGGCCCAAGACUCACUCUUUUUGUUGGUUUAGUUAUUCAAGCCGUUCUUGGUUUUGCCAUUGCCGGUGCUUACAAUACCUUGAAGCACCAUGUCGCAGGGUUCACCGUUAUUUAUGGGUUCUUUUUGACUUUUGGUGAAUUUGGGCCUGGUAACAACAUCGGUUGUUUGUCUGCAAAGACCGGUGCCACCCCAAUCAGAGGAACUUAUUAUGCCAUUCCUGCUGCUAUUGGUAAGAUCGGGGCUUUUGUCGGUACUUACGCUUUCCCAUCUAUCGAAAAAAAAUAUGGUUUGCAAGUUCCAUACUAUAUUGCUGGUGCUAUGGCCCUUUUUGCCGCCUUCUUGGCCCUUUUCUUCUUACCAGACGUUUCUCCACCAGCCAUGUUGAACGAAGACAAAAAGUUUUUGCAAUACUUGGAAUCCACUGGCUAUGAUGUUUCUCAAUUGGGUGAUCAUUCUAGUGCUUCUAGUAUCGACGAGAAGAUUAAUGUGGAAACCCACGAGAACGUUGAUGAAAAAUCCGCUUAA